AUGGCGUGUGCUACUCUCAAAAGAAAUUUGGAUUCCACAAUGUCCAUGACGCAAAUGCCGGCAAAGCGGCGAAGAUGUGCUCAAUUCGCUGCAAGCUCAAGCACAAGUCCAGGAAUAAAAAUGUCUCAACCUUCUGGAAGUUCUGUUUUUGGAGAAACCGUUAGUGCAUCUGCAAAAUAUACCCCAGAGCGUAUGGCUCAAGAGUUGUGUGAUGAGAUAAUGCGGCUUCGUCGUCGUCGUCAGCUGCGCCUGGCGUCGGGCGCGGCCGCGUCCUGUUCGAGUUCCAGUGGCAGCGAGGGCGACUGCAGCCCGCCCCGGGCACACUCCACCAAGAAGGUUCACCAUCGGGCUCUGUUCACAUUCAAACAGGUCCGUGCGAUCUGUGAACGUAUGCUACGUGAACAGGAGGCAGCUCUCCGCGCCGAGUACACCUCCGUCUUGCACAACAAACUUGACGAACAGUACGCAUCCUUCGUACGCUUCAACAUUGACCAGGUACAGCGUCGACCACCAGCCAACACAUGUAUGCCACUCGGGAUGGAUGCCGAACAUCACAUGCAUCAAGAUCUUGUACCAAGCUAUCUGUCCUAA